ACUUAGUGCCGGCACGAAGGCUGAUAGAUGGCCCUGAGCCAGUGGAUGGUUUAAUAACGCCGUCGCCCUCUAUCGAAUCUGGUAUCUUGUAUAUAGAGUCGCCAAUCUUGACUUCGCCGCGACCUAGGCUGAUAGUUCUCAUGUUGUCAUCCUUAUCAAGAUAAUCGAUGUCAUACGGAUCUGCUGGAAGCAUAAAAGUCUCAACCUGCAAGUCUGUCUCGAUCUCCAAAGGCCGAGCAAGCAUAGACCAGAUGCUAGCGGGUGCGGCUGUAGGAGUGGGCCAAGCUGAUACAACCCAGGACGGCACUGGAUACAUAGAUGGCGGACUCGUCACCUUCGGAGGAUUCAAAUCAUUUCCAAAGCUGCUCACUGGCGAGUCUGACCUACUGACUGCGAGAGAAGGAUCUGUUCGCGUGGGAUGUGGUUGCGACACGACUGAUGACAUCCCAGGAACCAAUUCUGACGAUAUGGUUGUGAUCUGGGAAGACUCGGUUGUCGAUUUAGCCCCCGAGUUCGCAGAUGCCGAAUUUGCAGAGGAAGACCCAGGGACCGAAGAAGACUCAGGGAUAAAUGAAGAUUCAGGGAUUGAAGAAUACCCAGAGAUAAAAGAAGGUUCAGAAGCAGAGGACGGGCUGGUCGAUGCCGUACGUGAUGUCUGACCGUCGGACGAAGACGUGAUGGUGGUUGAAUAUAUGCCAUUGCUCGACGGCGAAGUCGUAGCUUGAGUUUCAGAGUCCUCUGUUGUAAGUAAUAUGCUAGAGGAAGCUGGAAGCGUGCUUCUUGAGCUUGCCGAUGUGGUAUUUGGCCAGAAAGACUUCAGUGAAAAAGUUCUGCCGGUAGCGAUUGACUCGGGUGGACCUGACUCCAGAGUUAA